CUACAAGUGCUUCUCUAUUAGACUUUCAUACAGCAGCCUAGGAAAUGCAACAAUCAUCUGUCAAAUGGAUGCAAACAUAAGAGAGAGACUGAAAAGAAAUACAUGUCAGAGGAAAUUCGUUUAAUCAUUUAGCAACUGAAACAAGCCGUAUCCCUAGCAAAAUAUUGGUUAAAGGAUAGAAGAUCGCUUUGAGGCAACAGCUCAUGUACCAUGAUAACGCUUGAUUGUAUUAUUGACAGAGUUUCCUGAAGCAUGGCUUAGAUUAGAAGCCGUGGCUUGCUAGAGAGGAGUUCUGAUGGCUUGUAUGGAGCUUCUGUACCUCACCAAGAAAGGUAGGCGAUCAGAUCUGUGCAACAAUGUGGACUGGAGUUUGCAAGCCCCUCCCUAUGAACAGCAGAGUGAUGGGGAUGAUAUGGGGGCUAGAACAGCAGCUGCGGUGGCAGCUCUCUGCUGCGAUAGGCACUGCAAGUCUACACAAAGGGCAGCCACAGCAGGUCCCACCCAGGCACCCCUUUCCUCCACUCCUACCCCCUCCUUCUCCUGGCAGCAUGCAGCAGCAUCAAGCAGCACCCAGCCCUGCUGCCAGCCAGCUCACUUGGAUGGAGAAGAGGAAGCAGAAAAGAAGAGAGCCUGUUGCUGUGCCCAGGAACUGGAGACAUCGUUUACUUAUAGGGAUGAAAAUGUCAAUCUGGAGCAUACGAGAAACGCCCCUUCUCCUGUGAAGAGUUGCUGCCAGGUUCCCCCUGCCCAGCAUAGCUCCUCUACAGAGAUCGCACCCGAUUGGGCUCAUGAUCCUACCUCCCUGAUCUCUGAGGAAGAUGAUACUGGAUCAGAAGCUGGUUCAGGGAAAUCUAUAGACUAUGGGUUCAUUAGUGCCAUCUUGUUCCUGGUUAGUGGGAUUUUGCUCGUUAUUAUUUCCUAUGUGGUACCCAGAGAUGUGACUGUGGAUCCUAACACUGUAGCAGCCAGGGAGAUGGAGCGACUGGAGAAUGAGAGCGCUAGAAUCGGGGCUCACUUGGAUAGACAACCAGCUUUACUGUCUCACUGCCAUCCUCUACAGACAGAAGAAUUAAUUUUAAAAUCUCUCCUAGGAAUCUCUGUUGGGUUGUUGCUGUUUUUAAUAUGUUUACUGUUUUUAAUCUUGAUAAUCCUUUUAAAAAACUGUCUGUAAUAACCAGUGUUUACCAAACAGGAAAGUAACUGAUUUAAUUUUGUAAAUCUGCAUUUUGAACUGCUAAAGACAAUGUUACAGUUAUUGUGAGCUUUUCAGUAGUGCAUCUGAUGCCUUAUUA